AGUGUACUGUUUGCUACCACUGAGGAUCAAUCUAAAGGCAUCUUACGUCCUGCACUUAUUAGUAGAAAGAUUUAAGUCACCCGGCUCUAUUAUCACGACUCAUUCGUUCGUCGGUAAAAUAAAUAAGUGAUUCAAAUUGAAAUACUAGGAUAGGACAUUUAGCAUUCUAGUCCUCAAUUAACAUCUUUCUCUUAACAAGACUGUGUUGCGCAUUUUCUCGCUGUCGGAUUCACCGAAAAAAUGACGAGAACCGACUCCGUGUGCAUGCCAUCAAACCCGCCGCAUAGCUUCUGCGAUCGAAUUUUCAACGUUCUUAAAACCUUAUUAGCCUCACAUAUGCGAACGUAUUAGAUUGGACCACUAACGACCUCUGGUUUGACGUGUAUAUACCGGGUUUUAGUUGGCUUGAGGGACGAACUCGAACUUGAUUGGGGAGAAAUGUCAAUCUGUUUGUUCCCUAGUAGGCGUGGUUAUCUGUGCGGCUAUGGCCGCUAAUAAGAGGAAUAAUUUUUUCACUCAUAUCAUAAUAUUUCGGUUAGCAUAGAUGUAUGAUAUUUCAAAUAACUGAUCGUGUCCAUUAAUUAUAUGCUACUUUCACUCAGUAUAUACAAUAGGAUCUGUAACACUCACCCAUAUUAAUAAAGUCGAAUAGUAGUUAGCAUUUAAUUUCAUGGGGCGUGCUUCAUGUCACUUUGAACUUGUUAUCUGGAUGUGCCCGCACCCCAGUGUUGAUACUCACACUAAAACCCAAACAUUUAAAGAUAUUUCAGAUAGUCUAGAAAAGGGAAGGUAGACAGAAAGCUGGAAGGCCUGUGUUAGUCCUGGCGAUGGAUGUUUCAGCUGUUCUUCUUUUCAUGUGUAUCGACCGGAGCUGUUAUCAAGUGUUUUUCUGCAUGAGGCGGAAUUUCGAUUGUUAAAAUUGAGGAAUAGAAUACUAGCCAAUAAAUGAACUGCAGUGAUAUAAUUUGACCGAGUGAUGGCUUUUCACGAAACUGUAUGAUCGACCUGGGCCCCUGAAUAAUUAGAAAUUAAUAGGAAAACCACUAGCUAUAUGAGGAGCUCCUCAUGUAGCAAAAUAACAUGGUUAUUUAUAUACGGAAUAUAAACACAUGAUGAACGUGAUAGAAUGUCAUAGGCGACCAAAGGAAAUUCACUUAUAGGUUACUCGUUCUCCAGUUAAUUAAGACGUGAUUGUUAAGCCUAAUCUUUGAACAUCGUGUCGAGCUCCGACCACAUGAGAUAAACAGUCCCACAUAUUGGUGAUUUUAUGGGAGAGUCGGUAGUUACCUGAAAAAUAACUGGUUUUGGAACUGAGUGUUUUUAGUCUCCUGACUAAUUCGACGUCUUGAAAUUUGAAAAAAGUUUGAGGGCAUGUUCGGUGGAAAAUCACCAGUAAAUAGUUUACAGACUCAUUAAGUUACCUCUGGCUCUUAUGUAUAGUAAGAGGAAUAUUUUUAGUUUGGUUAAUCUAUCAUAUUUCAGCUUUGAUUUCAUGAAUAGAUUUAUAUGCGGUUCUAUGAACGCCUGAACAUCUGACAAUUUACUGUCCUUCCUUACUCAGGGGUUCACUGUAUCUUUAAUAUAAGUAAGACGGUUUCGAAUCUGCUGAGUUUGAUUUUGUUCAGGUAGAAACAUAGCUAACCUGACUUUAACAUGACUUAGGGAAUAAUUGAAUCCACCGACCAUCCGGAUCAACCUACCACCUUUAAGACACUAUGAAAUAGCUAUGAACAGUAAAAUUAUAUAACUCAGAUACAUCUAAUGCAACGGUACCGUUUGAGAAUAAAGCUUAUUUUUGACUCAUAGUUGCUGAAUUUUAGCAAUCUGUAUAUUUUAAUGCAGCUUAAUUCGAUAGUAAGUCCUUAUUGAUAUGGCUUUAAGUUCCCGAGAGAACUUAAUUUUAGAGAUUAUAUAUACGUCUUAAUACAUACUUUUAAACUACAGAACAGUUUCAGUUGGCGCACUUGAAAAAUAUUACUAAAUAGUUCCUGGCUGGUAACACAGAUGAAAGUUCACGCUCAUGUAAACUCUCUAAAUCUAGGUCUUUUUGUAAUACACUAUUGAAUUGUGGAAAGUUCAUAGCUGCAGUCAUCCUGAUUUUCUUAUAAGUUUGGAGGAUUUGGAAAAUUCUCAAUGCAUUGGACACUAACUGAUUUCAACUUUUUUCCUUUUAGAAAAUGGGACGUAAAAAAAUCGAGAUAAAAUUUAUCAACGAUGAAAAGAAUCGACUGGUCACAUUUGCAAAGCGUAAAAGUGGUCUAUUUAAAAAGGCGUACGAGUUAAGCGUAUUGUGCGAAUGCGAAAUUGCUUUACUAGUAUUCACACGCAGCAAUCGCCUUUAUCAGUAUGCUAGUGUUACGGUGGAGCAUGCUUUACAAAGAUUAAAGAAACACCAUCGUGCAAAUGAAUUCCUUAGUAAUUCUGAUAUGGAAAGGUUAACAAAUCGCCGCAUGAGAUCGAAUUGUAACGGCGGAUCCGGUGUUAUCCCGUCACAGCCUUAUUCAAAUGUGAAGAGCGAAGACAACGAGGACGAUGGCUGCGUUGACGAAGAUGAUGAAGAUGAGAAUGAUGUGGAGCAACCUUCCAUUGCAGAUAUAGAGAAGAUGAACAAUAACAAUGGUUGUGAUCAAAUUUGUCAGCCAAGUGACAAUGAUAAACAGAAGUUCGAUCAAAUUGACAUUCAAUCAAAUGUGAGAUUUGUUGUUGAACCACAGUCUACAUUUGGUAUUCAUCCUCGAAAUUCAAUAAAUACUGUAACAGAAACUCAUAUGAGACCGGUAAGCUCAAUGAGUUUACCGCCUAAUUCACUAAUUUCAUCAUUAAACACAGUGGAAAAUGAAUAUUUGCCUCAUAUCCAACCUGUUCUUGUUUCUCACAUAUCAUCAACUACAAAACCUAAUUCCCCCUCUAAUUCCCAACUAAUUCAUUAUCCCAGAUCAUCACAUCAACCAAAUCUGAACUCCUCCUCAGUGUCUCCAUUCACCUGUAAUAAUAGUGUUAUAAACUCAAAGGCAUUGUUUACUAAUUUACCAAAAUCAACUAGCCAUCUUCCUGAUCACGUAAAUAACAUUUUAGUAUCAAAACAAUCUUCUAUGCCCUACAUUAUUCAACAUUCAUCUAAUAACCAAAUAACAUUACCAGUAGAUUGUGCAAAUUUGAAUGAUACACAUUUAGUUGAUGAUAAUACUUAUAUGAAUACAUCUUUAAAUCAUUCUUUCCCGCAUACAACUGUUAUGAAUUCAAAUACAUCGGAAAAUUUCUCUCCUACUAAUAAUACAGGUCAAAUGCAGUGUACAUUAUUGACACCAACACCGUAUACUCAAGAUUUAAAAGUUGAUCAACCUAUAUUUAUUUUAUCAUCUGUUGUAUCCAAUAAUCAUUCUAAUCAAAAUAUACUGAAUACAAAUCUAACCUCCUCAGUGAAUAUGGAACCUGAACCUGUCAAACUUGGACCUCAAGAUUUGCCACAUUUAAGUAAUAGACAUAACUAUUCUGAUUCAUGUGAACAACACGGACAAAUGGAUGAUUAUAGAAGUGGUGUAUACGAAAAUCUUGUCAAUCACUUCACAACAAAUCCAGUUACUAAUAUGGAUAAACCUAUCAUUACUGUUUCAACUAAUAGUCCGCUUACUACACCUGUGCCCCCUAACAAACAUUAUGUUAUUUCACAACAAUGUAUGAAUUCUGAUUAUAAUCUAUCAUCGGAACCAAUGGUAAUUAUUCAGAAAAUCGAUGCACCUACUCAAACAACAUUACCUGAUAUUGUUGAUUUAGAUUGUUUGCCAUCGGCUUCAAUACCGUCAACAUUAUUGUGUAAAACUAUAACAGUGACAAAGUCAGAAGUAAGUUGUAUCAAUCAUGUCAAUCAUCUAAACAGUACUAGUACUACUAAUACUACUACUAGUAGUGAUAGUAAUGACAACAAUGAUAGCAACAAAAAUGUUACACAAAAUUCCUGUGAUGAAUUAAAUAUGGAAGAAGAAAAUUCACAGCAAAAAGAACAAAAACAGUCACAGAAUCAGUCACGUCAAAAAAGAAUCCCGGCAUUGAAACAUUUGAAAUUACCAUCAACUUGUAGUUCGACAGUUUUACGACAAACUAGUAUACCAAAUGGAUAUUUUUUGUCAACACCGGAAGUGAUCAAUGAACUUGGUCGUUUAGAUGGUCAUCGAAAUAAUAACAAUAACAAUGGUAAUUCAUCGACAGAUUCUCCAGAUACUCAUCAUCCACUUUGGCAUACUUUUUCUCCUGCUAAUAUAUUUUACCGGUUAGGAUUACAUCAGGUUUUAUCAUUGUCACCAGCUCCUCCAACAUCUCGAGAGCCUCCUUUAUUUCCUCUUAGUCAUAGUCCUCCUACGCCUACUUCCAUACCAUCAUCAUCGUCAUUAUCUAAUAUAAAUGCUGAAAAUCAAAAUUCAUUAAUUACUCAACCUGUACUUGUUAGUCAAUCAUCAUGUAUAAAUAUGGAUACGAUUUCAGCAUAUUGUGAAUCUGAAUCUCAAAACUCACCUAAUGUGCUUCCAAAAUAUGCUAAACGAUCGAAAUACUCAUGAGAAAUAGAGGAAAAAAACAUAAUCUCAUAUAUCUAUAUAUAAUACACAUAUUUUCAAGAUAAGACUUUUUUUUAUCUACUUUUCUCUUUUUUUUACAAAUAAAAUAAAUUCAUCAAAUUUAUUUUACAUAAAGAAAUUUUUUUCUAUUGUGUAUGCGCCAGAUUAUUAUUACAUAACAACUGGUGAGUUUUUCUUUUGUUUUCUUUUGCAUUCAUUUUAUAGUUUGUUUGUUUUGUUUUGUAUUUUUCACUUUUUUUUUUCUAAUUAGAUCCCUUUAAAAUAAAGUAUCAUUAUAAUCAUCAUUGUGCAAAAGAAAUUAUUGUUUCAUGUGUUAGAAUACAUAUAGAAAUAUGUAUAAGAUAAAAGAUCAAAUUCACUAUACUGUACACAAUUUGAGCAUUUCCCUCCCUUGCCCCUCCCCAUUUUCUUUAUCUUCUGUUAUUGUUCUUGUCGAUAUUAACUACCCAUGUAUUUUAAUUAUUUUUUAAUAUGAUCAUGCUGUUUGUGUAUCUGUACUAGUAGCAGUGAUAGUAGUAGUGGUAGAUUGAAAUAAGGUAGUUGGUGUAACUGUUGACACUAUGGUGUGUGUGUGUGUGUGUUUGUGUAUGGAGUAUUACACACUCUAGUUAUAGAUGAAAUUUUUGUUGACAAUAACUUUUGUACAAAAUUUUCAACAAAAUAGAUACUUAUUUCUUUAAAAAUUAAGAACACUUAUCAUGAUGAUGAUAAUGAUGAUAAAGAUAAUAAGAACUUCCAUAAAUUUAAAAAAAAACGAAUUUAUUUACUUUUUACUACUUCCUUUCAGUCAUUCAUUCUAUAUUUGUUUUCGUUUUUAUUUAUUUAUUUUUUAAAAAAAAGAAAAACUUUGUUCCGGUUACUGCCCAUUUCACUCACCAUAUUUUUUUAAUGCAUAGAAACAUCAUAGUCAUGUGAUUAAGUUUGAAGCCAGCUAAUUGAAAGGAAAUUUUAAUAGUAAAAGUAUGUUCGUAUUUUGUUGUUGUUGUUGUUGGAGUAUUUCAUGUUUUAUUUGACGGUGAUAUUUCUUUUCUCUUGUCACUUUUGUGUUAUUUGUUUCUGUAAUUCCAUCUAUACGUUUCCUUUUUUUUUCUUUCAUACACAUACACAACCUUUUGUGAAUAAGUGAUUAUCAAAGACCGUAUAAUAAUUUUUUUGAACUCUUCAUUUUUCUCUUACUGCUUUCUGUUCUUUAUUGAUUCACUCUUCUAUUGUGAAUGUUUUUUAGGCAUUGAUAACACUUUUUACACAUGUAUUAUUGCUUAUCAUAAAGAUUAUAUUUUUGG